AUGGCAGCUCAUCCACGCAGGAGACUAUGGCAGCUAAUCCACACAAUGAGGCUAUGGCAGCUAAUCCACACCAGGAGUCAGCUCGUCCACGCCAGGAGUGGCAGCUCAUCCACUCUAGAAGACUAUGGCAGCUCAUCCACUCUAGAAGACUAUGGCAGCUCAUCCACUCUAGAAGACUAUGGCAGAUCAAGACUAUGGCAGCUCAUCCACACCAGGAGACUAUGGCAGCUCAUCCACUCUAGAAACUAUGGGAGCUCAUCCACUCUAGAAGACUAUGACAGCUCAUCCACUCUAGAAGACUAUGGCAGCUCAUCCACUCUAGAUAACUAUGAGAGCUCGUCCACUCUAGAAGACUAUGGCAGCUCAUCCACUCUAGAAGAAAAUGCCAGCUCAUCCACUCUAGAAGACUAUGGCAGCUCAUCCACUCUAGAAGACUAUGGGAGCUCGUCCACUCUAGAAGACAAUGGCAGCUCGUCCACUCUAGAUGACGAUGGCAGCUCGUCCACGCCAGGAGAAUAUGGCAGCUCGUCAACACUAGAAAACUAUGGGAGCUCAUCCACUCUAGGAGACUAUGGCAGCUCAUACACGCUGGAGACAAUGGCAGCUCAUCCACGCCAGGAGACUAUGGCAGGAGACGAUGGCAGCUCGUCCACGCCAGGAGACUAUGGCAGCUCGUCCACUCUAGAAGACUAUAGCAAGUCAUCCACGCCAGGAGACAAUGACAGCUCGUCCACACCAGGAGACUAUGACAGCUCGCCCACGCCAGGAGAAUAUGGCAGCUCAUCCACUCUAGAAGACUAUGGCAGCUCAUCCAAUCUAGAAGACUAUGGCAGCUCAUCCACUCUAGAAGACUAUUGCAGCUCAUCCACUCUAGAAAACUAUGGGAGCACAUCCACUCUAGGAGACUAUGGCAGCUCAUCCACGCAGGAGACUAUGGCAGCUCAUCCACGCCAGGAGACUAUGGCAGGAGACUAUGGCAGCUCGUCCACGCCAGGAGACUAUGGCAGCUCAUCCACUCUAGAAGACUAUGGCAGCUCAUCCACUCUAGAAGACUAUGGCAGCUCAUCCACUCUAGAAGACUAUGGCAGAUCGUCCACGCCAGGAGAAUAUGACAGCUCAUCCAUUCUAGAAGACGAUGGCAGCUCGUCCAUGCCAGGAAAAUAUGAAGACUAUGGCAGCUCAUCCACUCUAGAAGACUAUGGCAGCUCAUCCACACCAGGAGACUAUGACAGCUCAUCCACUCUAGAAAACUAUGGGAGCUCAUCCACUCUAGAAGACUAUGGCAGCUCAUCCACUCUAGAAGACUAUGGCAGCUCAUCCACUCUAGAAGACUAUGGGAGCUCGUCCACUCUAGAAAACUAUGGGAUCUCAUCCACUCUAGAAGACUAUGGCAGCUCAUCCACACCAGGAGACUAUGGCAGCUCAUCCACUCUAGAAAACUAUGGGAGCUCAUCCACGCAGGAGACUAUGGCAGCUCAUCCAUUCUAG